CUCCUCUACGCUCGCGUUCCUCUUCGUGGAAACUUCCCGUGUGAGUGUCGGGGGAUGAGGAGCAGCUCUCCACGCAGAGGACCGCCACACCGACCCGGCUGUGUGUCACCGUGACCGGGGCAGAGAGCGUUAACCCAGGCUACCCUCACACCUCAGCAGGCGACACGGAACCGGCGUCCACACACAUCCACCGUGUGGACGGGGAGCCUGAGUGUCCACCGUGCGGCUCCAGCUGUGUGUCUACUGGAGGCUGUCUGGACCAGCACGGACCCAGUCAUGACAAAGCACUUCUGUGCUGUGUUACCUCUGCAGUUAUUGGAUGUUGUGGUGAAGUGGACACGGGCUGACGUGAUGCUCAGCCUCGUGUGCACAAUGUGUUAAACCAGGAAUCCUCACAUCCCUUACAUUCCUGUACAUAAACACAUCCCUCCCGGGACCUCUGCUGAGCCUCUCCUGGACUACAGUGGGCGCUGCCCCCUGGGACAGAGACACCUUGGAUCACAUUACUUUAUUGCACCCACCACCACCGUACCUUGCUGGGCACAGACCUCCUGGACACCCCCCAGGGGCCCGCUGAUGGUGCCCUGACACUUUGAGAGCCACUGGUUUAAGUUCUUUCCCUAAAGUGUCCCUUGGUUUUUUGUUGUUCUUUUUCACCAUGCACUGAAGACCGAGCUGGAGGCGGAGAGUCAGAUUUACACUGAGUCAGCCAUGCCUAUAAGAAAAAAAGACACAGCGCAAGCCUUUGGGCUUUUGGAGGAGUACUGCACUAAACUGAGGAAGCCGGAGGAGCAGCAGCUCAAAACUGCCAUUCAGAGAGUGAUGGGGAUUUUCAAAAGCAACCUAUUUGAAGCCCUUCUUGAUAUCCAGGAGUUCUAUGAAGUGACGCUGCUAAACACACAGAAGAGUUGUGAGCAAAAGCUUGAGGAGGUCAACCACAUGGCUGACAAGUGGGAGAAGAGUGUUUCCAUACAGAACUCUGAUGUUGCACACUCGGCCUGCCCAGUGGAAGAGCAGAGGGAACAGAGCAGCUCAGAUCCUUUUGGAAUGGAGCAGGGAGAGAGCAGCACCAAGUCCUCUGAGAACAGGCCACCAGCAGUACAGGGGUCCCCCCACAACGGCCAGACCCCACCCUGCAUGAACCCUGCCUUGAUGAACGCUCCCUGGCAGUACCACUACCAAGAAGACGACUCGCCGCCUCUUGACCAGGGAUUCCCACGACUUACCAACGAGGUGCGCUCCCCUGAGCUGGUGCAUGUGUCCGAGAAGAACCUGUCUGAGAUUGAGAAUGUGCACGGCUACGUGUCCCACUCCCACAUCUCUCCUCUCAAGCCUGCACUGGUUACCCGUUUUGAUCUUGCAUACCCGAGUGUGACCACAGCAAACUACAUGGCCAGCCCUGCCCCAAUAAUCGUCAACACAGACACUUUGGAGUCAGUUCCUUACGUCAACGGCACAGAAAUUGAAUAUGAGUUUGAGGAAAUCACUCUGGAGCGGGGUAACUCAGGGUUGGGCUUCAGCAUUGCUGGAGGAACAGAUAACCCACACGUUGGAGAUGACCCUGGUAUCUUCAUCACUAAGAUCAUCCCUGGAGGUGCUGCAGCAGAGGAUGGACGCUUGAGAGUAAACGACUGCAUCCUGCGAGUGAAUGAUACAGACGUGUCUGAGGUUUCUCACAGUAAGGCAGUAGAGGCCCUGAAGGUUGCCGGUUCUAUUGUCCGACUAUAUGUACGGCGCCGGAGGCCAAUGUUAGAGACCAUCAUUGAGAUCAAACUCAUCAAAGGACCAAAAGGGCUUGGCUUCAGUAUUGCAGGUGGAGUUGGAAACCAGCACAUCCCUGGUGACAACAGCAUAUAUGUCACUAAAAUCAUUGAAGGUGGGGCAGCACAGAAGGAUGGGCGACUACAAGUUGGAGACAGAUUGUUAAUGGUGAACAAUUACACUCUGGAGGAAGUGUCUCAUGAAGAGGCUGUGACUAUUUUGAAGAACACGUCGGACGUGGUCUACCUUAAGGUGGGCAAGCCCACCAAUGUCUACCUAUCAGAUCCCUAUGGGCCUCCUGAUAUCACACACUCUUUCUCUCCAGCCAUGGAAAAUCAUAUCUCUUCCCCCAUCAACAGUGGAACUCUGGAGUACAAGUCCGGUCUCCCCCCCAUCUCCCCGGGGAGUUAUUCCCCCCUUCCUAAGCACUUACUGGGGGAAGAGGAUAUAAACAGGUUGGAUGGUUUUUCCUUCUUACGAAAUCCUUCGCUAGAUGAUGGGGAGUGUCACAGGUUUGAUUCCCAGCACUUCCAGUUGAGGCAUCCUGAACCAGUUUACAGCACUGUGAACAAACUAUGUGACAAAGCUCCCUCCCCCCGACACUAUUCCCCAGUGGAGUGCGACAAAAGCCUCCUACACUCCGCCCCCCUCCCAAACUAUCACUUAGGCCUGUUCCCUGACUCGGACAUCCACAGGGAUCCCAGGAAGGUUGUGCUCCACAAAGGCUCUACAGGCCUCGGCUUCAAUAUUGUGGGUGGCGAGGACGGCGAGGGAAUCUUUGUGUCCUUCAUCCUGGCCGGAGGGCCCGCCGAUCUGAGUGGAGAGCUGCGGCGAGGCGACCAGAUCUUAUCGGUAAAUGGCAUCGACCUACGAGGGGCCACACAUGAACAAGCAGCAGCGGCACUGAAAGGAGCGGGACAGGUGGUGACCAUCUUUGCCCAGUACAGACCAGAGGAACUUGCUCUUUGCUCACCACGACGGGCCCAUGCUCCUGCCCAAGAAUAUGGCCGUUUUGAGGCCAAAAUCCAUGACCUGCGGGAACAGAUGAUGAACCACAGCAUGAGCUCUGGGUCAGGAUCCCUGCGAACCAAUCAAAAGAGGUCGCUCUAUGUGAGAGCACUGUUUGACUAUGAGAGGUCAAAAGACAGCGGCCUUCCCAGCCAGGGGCUCAGCUUCAAGUAUGGGGACAUCCUCCACGUCAUCAAUGCCUCAGAUGACGAGUGGUGGCAGGCACGCCGUGUCACCCCACAUGGGGACAGUGAGGAAAUGGGUGUCAUCCCCAGCAAGAGACGGGUGGAGAGGAAGGAGCGGGCGCGUCUAAAGACUGUGAAAUUCAAUGCCAAGCCAGGGUCAUUUGAUUCCAAAGGGUCAUUCAAUGACAAACGUAAAAAGAAUUUCAUCUUUACACGAAAGUUCCCAUUCUACAAGAACAAAGAGGGUGAGCAGGAUGGCAGUGAUUCAGACCGGAGUCAAGAUGAAGUGAUCCUCUCAUAUGAGCCUGUGAUGCGGCAAGAAAUUAGUUAUGCCAGACCUGUCAUCAUCCUCGGACCAAUGAAGGACAGAAUCAACGAUGAUCUAAUAUCAGAGUUUCCAGACAAGUUUGGCUCUUGUGUACCACAUACCACUCGGCCGAAGAGGGACUACGAGGUGGAUGGGCGAGACUACCACUUUGUGAUGUCCAGAGAGCAGAUGGAGAAGGACAUCCAAGAGCACAAGUUUAUUGAGGCGGGACAGUACAAUGAUAAUCUUUAUGGAACAAGUGUCCAGUCGGUGAAAUAUGUGGCUGAAAGGGGUAAACACUGCAUUCUGGAUGUGUCUGGAAAUGCCAUCAAACGACUACAAGUAGCACAACUCUAUCCCAUCGCCAUCUUCAUCAAACCAAAGUCUAUUGAUUCAUUAAUGGACAUAAAUAAGAGACUGACUGAGGAUCAAGCCAAGAAGACAUUUGACAGGGCAAUGAAGCUGGAGCAGGAGUUUGGUGAAUUCUUCACAGCCCUGGUUCAAGGAGACACCUUAGAGGACAUUUAUAACCACUGCAAACAGGUCAUAGAGGAACAUUCAGGACCCUAUAUCUGGGUCCCCUCAAAGGAGAAACUAUAAGAACUCUUCAUUCUGGAAAGGAGUCUGGCCUUCUAGAAAAUAGUAACACGUUGUAUCAUACAAUAAUUUAUGGCGAUGAAUAGUCUUCAUAAAUAAUUAUUCAGAUUGUUUUUAAUUAUUAUUUUAUUCUAUUUGUCUCUUUUGUUUGGUUACUGCUUCAUUUUUCACUCAACAUGAAUGUUCCUGAAUGUAAAUGAGUGUUAGAAAUUGUUAGGUCUUCAAACUUCAACUGUUUGUGUAUUUGCUGAUUUUUAUUUGAAGAAAAAGGAAAAGAAAUGUAAAGGAAGUUAAAUUAAUAUGGGUUUGUGUCCGUGACGGCACUGUGUGAAAUUUCAAGCAGGAAACUGGAGGUGGUUUAUACAAUACAAAUGUCUUCGCUUUGCUAAUGUAGGAAGGAAACUCGCUAUUCCAACUACAACACUCUCCCCUUCCUUUCACAUUGCAAAUAAUCAUAUAAAGUUCAAUGUUUUGUCAGAUUUUCUGUGUAUUUCCUGAACACAGCUUUUGUCUUCGUUUACACUGCCAUUCCUUUUUUGAAUCACUGUAUUUAUUUCUCUGACUUGACCUGAGCAUGUGUCAGGAAAAUGUUUUGUUCACUGUAAAAUGUUCAUGUGUUGUUUUUUUUUAUUGAAAAGCAGACAUUUCUUAUUCAGCUGUUGCAUUGACAAUUAUACAUAAAGGGAGAAAGCUGCUAACUGCAUUGGAGAUGUACCACUAUAUUUUGCUAUUUAAAUUGCUAGAGAGCACAAAAGCACAGAGUUAUUUAUUAUUGAAAAUAUAACUUUGAUUAAAAGGUAAUUUACAGAGCAUAUUUUAAUGGAGUGAUGUAGUAUGUUGUGACUGUGUUAGGAUGGAUGGGAAUAUAAUGCUGAAAGAGACAUUUGACAUUCUAGAAGUUUUAAGACUUGGAGAAGAGAGGGCAGUGAUUAAAUUUAAUACCGACACACAUUUUUGUCUCACGAAACUAAUAGCCAGACGCAGAUAAGUCUGAGUGUUCUGUAGCAACACUUUACAGAAAAUAAGGAAGUAAAAUACUUUAAAAAGGUGAGUUUUUGAAGAGGAAGUGAUUCAAAGGUUUCCAUAAGCAGGUUGCUCCAAAGACCCUUUGGUAAAUAUUUGAUCAUAAUACAGAAUGAUUAACCCAACACACAAUCUGUUCUAAUGACCUGAAGCUGCUUUUCCGUUAAUAUAUAAAAUAUAUAUACAUAUAUAUUGGUGUAUUCCAAUAGUUUUUCCCUACAGAGCUGCACCGAGGGGGACACUUACAGAAGAACUGCAGCUUUGUAUUAAUAUAAACCUUUGAACAUAUUUUUGCACAGAAUGGAGACUGGAUUCACUCACAUUUGAAUUCUAUAAGAUCUCUCA